UCUCACACACACACACACACACACACAAUACGCUGUUUUAAGCAAGCAGUCAUCACAGUGCACACAUGACCAAAAGCGCCCCGAAACAAUAGAAGACCGGGCGAGAAAAGCAAAAGCUAUUCUCUCAAUCUUCAUCUGCGCUUGGCUACACAUUUUCCUACUAUUAUUCUUCAUUCCCCGUGCACAAAAAGUGAGCCCAUGUAGUCAAAAUUCCGACCCUUUCCGCUGCUGAAACUUUGGAGCAGAGAGUAGCUCCAACUGUCGACCCAUUUUAGCUGGAGCUCUUUUGCUUGCCCAUUUUGGAGCGACCCAUUUUUGUGGAGACCGUGCUGUAAGAUUCAGCUUCAGUACUCUGUCCUUACCUUCUUGUAAGAGGGUAGCCUAAUGAAGAGAGAUGCUUGUGAUGACACAUGGUGAAAGGAUAUGGAACCGAUCCCUGAAUCAAAACCACUUCCCAGGCAAUUGCCCCUUGCUGCUAAGGUGACAGAGACGGAAAAGAUCAGACGACCAUCCAAUUUGCAGGGGUCUGUAGAAUUGGAUUCACCUGCUCCUGCAGAAGCAAGGAAUGGGAAGAAAUUUUUGCCGGAGGAUGAAGAACUAAUGCCCGAUAUUGUUUCAUUUAAAGUCAGCAGCAAUUUGUUUGAGGAAAUUGGUUCUACUUCGUUUCAUGGGGUGAGUCACCCACCUGAACCGGUUGAUACAGACCUGAUGACGCCAGUCUAUGUACCAAUCGGCCAGAACAAUGGGGAUGGGAAAUGUUUGGUUAAAAGCCUGUCUAUAAAUGACCCUCUUAUGGAGGAUCUUUCAAUCAGGGUACCAAGUAUAAAACCAAGCUCAUCAUUUCUUUCCCCUGCUAAGAACUUGGUUGAAGAGCCCAAUGACUCGGUGGCUGUCUCAUCCCCAUUUUCAGUUCCUUGUCCGUCACAAAACGCUGGAGCAAAUCUGCUACCAGAUUCUGAAGAAAAAGAAUGUAUCUGGGAUGCUUCAUUACCUCCAAGUGCCAAUGUUAGUCCACAUAGUAGCAUUCAUAGUACUGGUGUUGGUAGAGCUAUGAGCAUUGUCAAUAGCUGCAGCACAUAUCGUAGUGAUAGCAUAAUGAGUGAUGGCAUGCUCAGUGUGGACAGAAAUUAUGAGAAUGCGAAAGGAAGCAUUCGAGGGGAUUCUCUUGAGAGUACCAAAACUAGCCUUAGCCGAGCGAGUAAUAGCAGUGGGCUUAGUGAUGACAGUAACUGGAGCAACAUUACUGGCAGCACAAAUAAGCCCCACAAAGGAAAUGAUCCUAGAUGGAAAGCUAUACUUGCUAUUCGAGCACGUGAUGGUACCUUAGGCAUGAGCCACUUCAGGUUACUGAGAAGACUGGGCUGUGGGGAUAUUGGAAGUGUGUAUCUUUCUGAGCUGAGCUCUACUCGGUGUUUCUUUGCAAUGAAGGUAAUGGAUAAGGGAUCCCUUGCUAGCAGGAAGAAGCUGACCAGGGCUCAGACGGAAAGAGAGAUCUUGCAACUUCUUGACCAUCCAUUCUUGCCAACAUUGUACACUUAUUUUGAGACAGAUAGAUUCUCAUGCUUGGUCAUGGAAUAUUGUCCUGGAGGAGAUUUGCAUACUCUGAGGCAGCGACAGCCGGGAAAACACUUUUCAGAAUAUGCUGCUAGGUUUUACGCAGCUGAAGUUCUAUUGGCACUUGAGUACCUUCACAUGCUGGGCGUGGUAUACAGAGACUUGAAGCCAGAAAAUGUCCUGGUCCGCGAUGAUGGGCACAUUAUGCUUUCAGACUUUGACCUUUCCCUUAGAUGUGCAGUUUCACCAACGCUAAUAAGAACUUCUGCCUUCGAUUCUGAUCCUUCAAAACGAGGUGCUGCAUUCUGCGUGCAGCCACCUUGUAUUGAGCCAACAUCAGCAUGCAUUCAACCAGCAUGCUUCCUUCCCCGAAUUUUCUCUCAGAAAAGCAAGAGAAAGUCCGGGAAAUUAUCACGGGCAGACCCUGGAGUGUCAUCCGGUACUCUACCCGAGCUAGUUGCAGAACCUACUGCAGCCCGAUCCAUGUCGUUUGUGGGGACCCACGAAUACUUGGCCCCUGAAAUUAUCAAGGGCGAAGGCCAUGGCAGUGCAGUGGAUUGGUGGACAUUUGGUAUCUUCCUGCAUGAAUUGCUCUAUGGCAAAACCCCGUUCAAAGGUUCAGGAAAUCGAGCAACACUUUUCAACGUGGUGGGACAACAACUCAAAUUUCCAGAUUCACCAGCAACCAGUUACGUUAGCCGUGAUCUCAUCCGUGGAUUGCUUGUCAAGGAGCCACAAAACCGACUAGGGGUGAAAAGAGGAGCAACUGAGAUCAAACAGCACCCGUUCUUCGAAGGCGUUAACUGGGCUCUGAUACGCUGCAGUACCCCACCGGAGGUGCCAAGACCGGUCGAGGCUGAACUUCCCAUGAAGUACGGGCAAGGUGACUCUGUUGGAGUGAUCGGUGGCAGUAAAAGGGUAAUGGGAACAGACAUGAAAUCUGGGGGUAAAUAUCUGGACUUUGAGUUCUUUUAGUUUUAGGUAUAUAAAGGCAUUCUUGUUCCUAAUGUUGCAGCAGUGUCAUCGAACUGAUCCCAACUGUGGAGUUGUUGCCUAUCAACUUAUAAUUGAGAUGCAUGUUGGGUAUAUUCAUCUCUGGAAAUGCUUUGCAGCCAUCUCAGUUUGGAAUUCAAUUGCCAAGUUGGGACAAAAAUAUCAGACUUUUAACAAUGAUGAUUGCAGUAGUAAAA